ACAAUGUGGUUCCUUGUUGUAAUGUGGAUCUCCAGCCUUCUUGUAGGCACUCAGGCUCAGAGCACUGCCAGCUUCUCGAGAGGGAAUGACCGCAACAGGCGCUGUCAGUACACCUUCACGGUGGACAGCCCUACAGAGGCUAGCUGCCCCUCGACAGCAUCCAGUGCUGAGAUGGAAGCCCUGAAAUCUCGACUAGGGCUGGUAGAGGCACUGGUAGCCCGCCUUUCUGGCGGUGAAGCAUCAGGCACUGAAGCUCAGAUGGGACUUCGGACAGCCUACACCCAAGUAACUGAAGAGAGGGACAGGUUGCAGCAGGAGAAAGCCAGGCUGGCUCAGCAGGUGGAACAGCUCCAGCAGACGGUGGAGGGGCUCCAGCGUGAAGUGGAGAGGCUGAGAAGCAGACCAUGUACACAGCAGCCUCCCCAAAGUGUGUCACUCUAUGAUAGCAAUCGCCAACCAGUAACAGGCACAUCCAAUUCUCAUCUGGUUUCCAGGCCAGGCAGGACACAAGGAGACACGAGCAGUCUAAGAGAUUCCUCUUGGUCCUAUGGUAGUCCAGCAUACCUGGAGUUGAAGGCUGAAGUUGCUGAAUUUCCUGCCCCAAGACCAGAGGACACUGAAGAUAACAGAGGCUGUGGUGAGCUGCUGUGGGUGGGAGAGCCAGUGACCCACCGUAAAGCAGACAGCAUUGCUGGUAGGUAUGGCGUGUGGAUGCAGGACCCAGAAGCUGCGAGUCCUUAUGGCUCCAACAUGGUGUGGCGAAUUGACACAGUCGGCACAGAGGUGCGCCAACUCUAUGGCUAUGAGGACAUGGACCAGUUCUCCCGUGGCUUUCCGGCCAAAGUGCUGCUCUUACCUGAGGCAGUGGAGAGCACGGGUGCCACUAUGUACCGGGGCUCGUUCUACUUCCAGCGGCGCCGUAGCCGUACGCUCAUUCGCUAUGAGUUAGGGUCAGAGAGUGUUGCUGCCCGCCGAGAACUCCCGCAUGCCGGCUUCCAUGGCCAGUUCCCCUACUCAUGGGGUGGCUACACAGACAUUGACUUUGCUGUGGAUGAGAAUGGCCUCUGGGUCAUCUACAGCACCAACAAGGCUAAAGGCGCCAUUGUAGUUUCCCAGCUCGAUCCUCACACCCUGGAGGUGAAGAAGAGCUGGGAGACCAACAUUCGCAAAACCACAGUGGCCAAUGCCUUCAUGAUCUGUGGCAGGCUGUACACAGUGGCAAGCUAUGCCUCACCCAACACCACAGUCAACUACAGCUUUGACACAAGCACCAGCCAAAGCAAGGCCAUUGCAGUCCCGUUCCAAAAUCGGCACCGUUAUAACAGCAUGAUCGACUACAACCCAGCUCAGAGGAAGCUUUUUGCCUGGGACAACUACUACAUGGUGUCUUAUGACAUCCGGCUGGGGAAGCAACAGUGAAGGGGUCAUGUUGGGAGAUUAGCUAGAGAGGGUGUUAAAGAGGGUAGCAGAUUGUAGACUGCAAAAAAUAUGGUUAUGCUGGCUUUGCGGUUAUUCAUAUACUUACAAUUUGAAAUGAUCACAGAUGUAAGCAAAAGCAGUCAUCAAACAUUUCAUAAAUCUGUACGCAAGCUGAUACUGUAAAUGAGUCUGAUUGGUUUAGGAAUACUAUAUAUUGCAGAAAAAUCACAGGCGCAGAUCAGCCUUUAACCAACGCAAUCAGGCUCCCAAAAUCGGAUACAUUAGUGAUCUGGUGAUUGAGCCUAAUGCUAAAACUUACCAGCAGAAAUACCGGCAGCCAGUCAAUUGAAACGGCUCUAGAUGUGGCUUAUUAACGUCAUUUCUGCUUGUAACUCGUCAUUUAAACGUACAUGCCUUUGAGAAUAACAUUCUAUGGAGUAAGAAAGGAUUUACCUUUUGUUCAUCUUUUAAAAACCAAAAAACAACUAACCACCAAACCUUUUUAUUUUAAAUCAGAUCAUUUUGUGUUCUCCAUUGCAGGUGCAUGGCCCACUUGCUGUGUCAAUAGAGAAAUUAUUUUUCUACAUUUUGUCAGGGACAUUUUUGUUUGUUUCUAUACAGCACUGUAAAGAAGUCUGAGGGAGAGGAAAGCACAUCCAGCAUAUGCCAAAAUGAAUAGUAGUAUAUAAACUAAAAAAAAAAAAUAAUAAAAAAAAAAGAUUCCCUCACCUUGCUUUAGCUUGUCAGUCAGUAAUUUUAUAAUCACUCAAUACAGCAUACGCUACUGAUUUUACGGUUAUUCAUGAAACUAACCAUGUACAAACUCAAAGUCUGAAUAAAGAUUAUUGUGUAAUGAACAUGGCUGGUAUUUUUAAUUUGAAAUCUUUAUUGAACAAUCAACUACACCAAAGAGGUGUGCACGGUAGCCCCCGCAUCACCAAAUUGUUCUCUUUAUAGGUUUAAAAGCAGUGGUCACAAACCCUGUUUCUGGAGAGAUACCUUCAUACAGGUUUCAUCUCCGACCAAAAUCUCCCAAAACACACACCUGUUCUAGUUGA